ACGAAAGAGUAAUCGACGUGGCUCCCCCGCGUCCUUCACUAUCGAACUUCCGGUUCUUUUCUUCCUUCCUCAAUUCCCUUCCAUUUUUACUUCUUCAUCCUCUCUCUCUCUCUCUCUCACUGACUCGUUGAAUGGCGAUGUCGCCGGUGACCGUUUUGAGAAGUCUGUUUGGAGUUCUGGGCUCCCUGAUGCUGCUUACUCUUGUUUACACCAUCUUCUCUGACGGUCUUCCCUUCCGCUCCGACCUCCUUACUCCGUGGAUGGCUGCAACCUUGGUUGAUUUCUACAUCAAUGUUGUGCCUAUAGCGGCUUGGGUUUUCUACAAGGAAUCAAACUGGAUUAGUGCAGCACUGUGGAUAGUACUGCUAGUAUGUUUUGGAAGUGUGACUACAUGUGGCUACAUUCUUCUGCAAUUGAUGAAGCUUUCUACGAAAGAAUCAGAAGAUCCCAUUUACCAUGUUCUGUUGUGCCAUUCAAACAAGUAUGGUGUGGUAGACAAGCAUAAGCAGUCCCCUGUUCUGAUUGCCAGAGUUGUAUUCACUGCUUUGGGGCUUUUUAUGCUGGGAACUCUCCUAUAUACUCUGUUAACAGAUGGUUCUCCUUUUCGCAAAGAGCUUUUAACACCGUGGAUGGUAGCUACUCUAGUUGACUUUUAUAUCAAUGUUACAGCUCUUUCAGUUUGGGUUGCUUACAAAGAAUCAAGUUGGAUUACUGCAGUUGUAUGGAUAAUUUUAUUGAUAUGUUUUGGCAGCAUCACCACAUGUGUCUAUAUCCUUAUUCAGCUGUCACAGCUGACAUCCCAAGAUCUAAUCUACCUUGCUUUGUUUAAAGGUGGUGACAGGGCAGAAAGGAGGUCUGAGGGGGUUUUGAUAUGAGGAGGCGAUGUAAAAUUUGAGGUUCAUGUGCUGUUCAAGACCUGUACAUUGUGUUGCAUAAUUUGAAUACACAAUUCCAAUGGUGUAAAUGCAUCUAGGUUUCUACGAUGUAAUGCCUAAUGAAUAUUAUUCUAACCUGCCGAAUCGAAACAUAUGUAAAACUAAUAUCAUUAAAAUAAUUAAUAAAAACGGAAUGUGGAUAUCUGAAAAAAAUGAGUUACAAGAGAAGAGAGGUGCAAUACAUGGCACAUAUGGAAAAUCCCAAAAAUACCUUUGGCUAAAACCAUGAACCUCUUUUGUAUUUUCUAUUUUUCUUGGAUUUUGAUUAUCCAAAAUUAAACUGCAUGAAUUACAUAGAACCAGCUGUUUGAGUUCAAACUUUGAAAGUCUUUCAGUAACACUUCGAUGACCAUAAUAUUCUUUCACUACUUGGAACAUAUGCCUAAGCUUCAAGUCCUAGUGCAGCUCUAAAUAUACAAAAUCAAUGGUU